UAUCUGAAAGCGGAAGUAAAUAGUAAACUAGAUAUUUUUAAAAUUUGCAUGGGAUUUCCUUGUUCUCGUUUCAAGAGAAUGGACUGAAUAUUAAGUCAUUCCAAUAGAUUUUAGAGGUUCGUUAACAAGCAGAAAUGAAAUUACAUGUAUAAAGUGAAUAUCCUACAAAAGCAGCAGACGGAUUGAAAUUCAAAGGAUAAUUCAAAUCAAAAUGACCAUGGACUAUGAGUCGAAUUGAACUGAGUGAAAGUGAUGACCCUGUGCGGGUCAAGGUCGUUGUUGUAGGUGAUAUGUGUGUGGGGAAAACUGCCAUCGCUCUACGAUUUACUAAAAACGCUUUUGAAGAAAAAAUAGCCCAUACUGUAGGAGCUAGCUAUUACAUCAGAUCUAUGGAUAUAGAAGACAGGACAAUUCUAUUCCAAAUAUGGGACACGGCGGGCCAAGAGAGAUUUCGCAGCCUCGUUCCCAUGUAUCUUCGAGACGCCGACAUAGCUUUGCUGGUGUACGAUAUUACGUCGGAGGAGUCUUUCCAUAGCUUGGAAUUGUGGAGAACUGAACUCCUUGCCAGCGCACCGUCUCACGUGACCACAGCAGUGGUGGGCAAUAAAUCCGAUCUAGGCAGCAAAAGAAAAAUAGAAGCAACGGCUGGUCGUGCGUACGCAAUGAAACACAGAAUGCUUUAUACAGAGACAUCGGCCAAACUGGGAACCAAUGUUGAGGAACUUUUCUAUGACUUAGGAUUGCGGAUGGCCAAUCCAGAGCUCGGCGGACAGAUGGAAAACAGCAUUAAAGUGCCAGAGAAAUACAAAAACGUCAUCAACGUUCAAAUUCCACCAGCGGAUGACAUUCCUCCGCCACAAAAGUCAUGUUGUUAUUAAAAAUGUAUGCACAUACUAUCACUAUGUUUUUGAGUGAUUUUACUGGUACUGAGAUGCAUGUCUCUAAGAGACAGUCCAAGAUGAUAUCAAAUGGAAUUUUUUGCUAUUUUGUACCCACAUUCGAACCCAAGCGAUACAAUUGCCUGUGAUUUUACCAUGAAUUGAAACUAUGACAUGUGACUAGUCACGUAAAUGGACCAUAUCUAUGAACAUUUUACUUUUUCUCUGAUACUAGAUUAACUUUUGAAUUUCAUUAUUUUACACUAAUCUUAACGAAUACACAUGUAACCUUUCUGAAAAGUGUAUUGACUUUUUUUGUAACUGACUAUUUCUACUUACUCUUCCAGGAUACAUGCAUGCCUAAUUGGUAUGUACAUGUAAACAAAAUAAAAUGUAUAUAUACCUCACAGAG